AUGCAUGCAGGUACAGGUCUCAUAAGGCAAGAUAUCCCCGACCAAGACAUAUCAGAGACAUUGGCCUUCAGAAACAGCAGAGAAAUCACAGACAACAGAAACAUCAGGAGACACCAGCGAAACCAGCGACACCAGCGACACCAGCUACGGCAGUCACCUGGCACCAAAUCAUCACCACCAAACCGCUGCCUUCAGUGGCAUCUGGCCCGGUCCCCACCAACAACAUCCCGCAAGCAAAAGCUACAGUCACUAGCUGCUGCCGCUAAAGAGACACCUCGCUGGCAAGCUACGCCCAGGCCUCACUCAUCUUCAGAAGAAGACUAA